GUAUGUAGGGGAAUAGGCUGGAAAACUGGAGCGUGACUAAACACCACUGACCAUCUCGCCAAGUAGAAGAAAGUGUAGCGAAGCCGAGCAGACGAGCAAACAGGUGCUGUCGGGUCAAAGGUGACGGUUCAAGGUAAAGGCCAUAUGCUCAGGCAGUAUGAGAGUUCCGAAAAUGGCGGAGCUACAGUUCGAAGCUCCUCUGGCAUCGUUUGAGAAUGAAGAAUGGAAUGAGUAUAAUGACUUCCAAAGUGCCACAUUAGACAAUAUGGAUUCAAAUUCGGAUUCUACUGGUGAGCAAAAUGCGCAGCCCAACACGAACAAUUCUGUGGCUGAUUUUCGAGAGACGUGUUCGGGAUCGCUGGAGGAUCUUGUGAACUCCUUUGACGAGAAGAUAUCCAACUGUUUCUGUAAUUUCGAGGAACAAGUGGAGAAAAUCGCACCUGUUCAGAUAAGAUCCCAAGAGGAAAUAAUGAGUGACUGUCAAAUGUGGUGGACUAUAACUGGAAACUUUGGCAAUAUACUUCCCAUUGACUGGUCCAAGACCUAUGCCCGCCAGUUGCAGACCAAAGUACUCCAUCUUCAAGAGAGACCGGAGAAUGAUGAACCAGGACUUGAUCUCUCUGAUGAUGAGGAGCUGGCACAGGCCUUCGACAUGCAUUCUCUCAUAAUCUCCAGUCUGCACCAUGAGGAUGAGGACCGAGUGAAGACAGCUGAAGAAGUCAUCAGCGAGAUUGAAGAUAUGUUAAAAGAGCCUGCUCCUGAAGAUGAUGAAGAUGUAGUGGAAGUGACAGAAGAUGAGCAGUACAGACAGCUGAAGGCAAUGUUGGCCAAACUGCGUUUUUACACAGAAUCAGAGCUGAAGAAUAUGUCCUGUGCUCAAAUACAUGAAUUAUUGGCUGAGCAUGAGCGCACCAUCAAGGAGCUCUCCGAACUCUUGAUCACAGAAUUGGCAUUGCGAGAUGAACUGGAAUAUGACAAAGAGCUCAAGAACUCUUUUAUCUCUUUGCUUCUGUCCAUCCAGAAGAAACGCCGAGAAAGCAAUGCUGACCGCAAGAAAAAGCGGUCACGCACCAACCUAAAUCAGAUUGCAUCAGAUGCUACUAGUCCAACCAGUGAAACUGCUAGCUCUUUCCUCACAACUGUUAUACCAUACUAUCCUAACCAGGGUCCUCCAACCUCAGAACAACUACAGAUCUACAUUAAAAUUCUUGAAGCUAUUAACGAAGAUAGCCCCACCGUGCCAGCUUUGCUAACCGACUAUAUUCUGAAGGUUCUUUGCCCUACAACAUAGUGAUAAAAUGAAGAAAUGCUUCAUGGAUAUACAGGCAUGUGAUUGAGGAGAGAACAAAUGACGCAUGAUUGCCCAUGCCUGUUAUAGUAACAUUUGACUUGAUCUGUUUGUGAAAAGACUUGCCACCAGUCAACACUAUAUCACCAGGCACAUAUUAUGUGGGACAAAAUACACUGAGCAGAAAAUUUGCUAAUGACUCUAGAUACCAUGUACCACCAUUUCAUGCUUACCACAGCCACUUUCAAGUAUCAAAUGCUAAAAAAAAAACCCAAACUAUCACUGCCAUUACAAAGUCAUUAUCUGUGCUAAGACUUGUAGUGGAAUUUUGGCUUACUUUUGAUUAAAGAUACAAGGAUAACAUAGAUGAUGGCUGUGUAUACUCUUGUACUGUUUCAAUGCAAUAGAUGGUAGAGAAUGAGGAGGUAGGCUAUCCACAGUAUUUCUACCCAUUUAUUUAUUUUAUUUUCUCCAUUUACCUUUAUUUGCAUUUUUUCCAAAGCUGCUUUUUGUAGAUGAUAUAAUCCAAUCGUUUUGGCUCACAUUCCUUGUAUCCCAUCUGAGCCAAACCUGAAAGUAGCAAAUAUCUUGAUUUGUCACAGGGUCUUACUUCAGGGUUCCCUGAAAAAAAAAAAAAAUUCAACUUUAUGAAUUUUUAUAAUAAUGGUAUUAGUAGAUCAUGGACAAUUGCAUUUAUUCUAUAGUUUUUAUUAGUGAUACUUACUGUGUUGAGUUGCUGUUACAUUUGAUGAUGAUGUUAAAUUUCUUUCGAUAUCUGUGAUGCUUUACCUGCAAAAUGAGAUUUUCAAUUUAAAAAAUUUCUCCCCACUGCUUUAUAUUUGGCAAACAAUCAAUCACAGAUGUGCAUUGUGCAUUUGUCCCUUUUUAAGCAGUGCUAAUAAUCUAAAUAACUUACACAUUAAAAUAAUGUAAAUAUUUGUACAUAAAUGUAUUUUUAUUAUAUUUGCAUCUAUAUAAACAAAAACAGUCUAGAAAUUUCGUUUAACGACAGUAAAAUGAGUCUGUUUUCUUUUUAUAUAAAUCUGUUAACUUUAUGGUAUUCUCUUUCUCUUUUGCAUUUUUUUAAACCAUGAAACUUAAGAGUACAGACAUGUACAUGGUUUUAGAUUCACUGUUGUUCUAAUUCUAAUUUCUCCUAAACUCAUACUUGCUUCUGUGGGUGUAUAGAUGUCAACGUUUUGUAGCACAAAUCUACCUACAGCAUGCUAAAUGGUGAAGUGUGGGUUUUUUUUCCUAUCUUUCAUAGUGACCUCAUCCAAAAACUGCAUUUGAUAAACUUUUGUAAAUAGGUUGUGUGUAUGAAAUAUUGAUAGAAAAACGUUUAAUAGUCAGGAUAAGAAAUAUCAUCAAAUAAUUUUAUCUGAGAAGAUUAUAAAUGCAUGUGACAACUGAGCAAAAUAUCAAAGGUCUAAAAUAGUUGAUUGUUGUGCUCAGAAGCCUAGCAGUCAUUAAGAUAAUCGUCAAAUAACAAAAGUGAAAUCAGACUUGAUCGUUGGCUUUCUAGUAACAGCAAGACAAGAUUAUUACAUAUUUACCUCACUGUGUAAAGUCCUGCUUUGUAAAGAACAUAUAUAAACCAGUUACAAUAGGCUGUACCUUAUGAACAACCAGCAUCUCCGAUGUGUCCAUUUAAAAACAAUAAUUAUUAAGUCCGUUUGCUGUCAGUCAUUUUAUGAUGUAAUUAAUCACUGGUGUUGACACUUUGAGCAUUUCAUGACCAUGUAAUAAGUCACUGGUGUCGAUGCUUUCAACAGGUGACUGGCUUUUGCAAGAUGCUUAUUUACUGUUGCCAAUAAUAUGUAGUUUUUCCACUUGCUAAUUAUUAUGUGGUAUAGCUUUCAUCAUAUGAAUGUACAAAAUGUUGAUAAUAUAAAUGUCAGAAUAGAAAUGUCAUAAGCGGCUUGAAAAAUCACCGCUUGUUUUAACUGCACAUAGCGGUAAAGAGGUGUUUCCUCUGUUGUUUGGUUAGUGCACAACUUUCUUAGCAAUGAGAUAAUGAAAAGAUAAACUAAAAAAAAACAACAACAAAAACAAAUAGGAAAACAAUUUGUUGUGGUCAAAAAAGUAUGAAUGAGGUAUAGCUUAUUUUUGUGGUUGAUCCCAAUGUAAAUAUGGAUAUACCAGUGCAUUUGUGGAUGAUACGUUUGAGUAUGUUGUGGCUGCUACUUUGAAUUUCAUUCUAUGUUUAGAUGUUUUCACCAUGGCAGAUCAUUUAUGCAGCAUUCAUUUUGCGGUGUGCUAAACCUUGCGCAACUAAAAAGUGAAAAUUUCAAACUUAGUAUCUUUGAAGAUAACUUGAUUAUAGUUUGUUUAUAUUCUUUGCCAAGAAAAUCCAAUGGACAUUGUUCAUCAUGGUUUGAGGAGGUUGGGGUGGGGGCAACUUAAUGAUGUUGGGAGGGGAGAAAGAGUGAGAGAUACAUCAGAAGUCACAAAGAAAGACAAAACUGCAUGAAAAAUUAAAACUGGAUCUACAACUUUGUUAAAAACAAGUGUUUUAAUAGCCUGAAUAUUAGAAACCCAUCAAAGUAGAAUUAGGUUAAACUGAUUGCUCCAUUUAAAGGCAUUUUUGGAGGUUAAGCUUUUUUUCUGGUGCAGCAAUUAGUAUUGCACGAUGGAUGAUAGUUGCUAUAGUUUUGUUUCAUUUACAAGGCAGCAGAAAGACCCAUUUGCUUGGGCUAACACAAGUUUUGAUCACUUUACUAAUUAAAGCACUGUUGUUUGUUUGACUGAUUGUGAUGCUUUGUGAAGUCCCAUUUUUCAAGCCUUUUCUCUGAAUUCUUCUUUGAUGGUAGGCAGUCACAGUUAUACACAACUCAGUCCACAGAAAUGGGGUUUUUCCCCUAAAAUAUUUCACUCUUCACCACCACCAUCACUUGCAAGACUAGGGUCCCAGUGCUCAAUCCAGUUAGCUGGAUGCCAAUGCAGCUGUUGAUCAAGCCCCAGCUAAACUGCUAAUGUUUUAUAAAGAUUUUAUCAGACUCCAAGGCAUUAAUAUUCAGCUGGGGUGAUGGUAUUCUUAGCACUAGAACACACUGAAGUUAAUGGUUUUUGAUUGUAUGAUCAUCUCAGCAUACACUUUAUACAGUACAGAUGACCACGAUAACAGAUUGUUGCAAAGAAUUCAGUAUUCUUCACUGAAAAAGAUUCUAAAAAUAACAUUUAAAAUGACAAACAUUGUGAUAUUUGUUCACAAAUUUAUCAGAAUUGACAAAAUGCUUGAUUGAAAUCAUGGUAAAGUUACAAGUUGUCAUCAGUUUUAACACUUCUCAUCUUUAAUGCAACCUAUUAUUAUUUAAUCAAGAUUUUCUUAGUUUUCAAUAUAAACUAAGAUUAUUAUUCCGAUAACUGUGCAAACUUCUGAGCACAGCGUUAAAGCUUCCUGUAAAGUUGCUUUGAGUGUGGUAUGAUCUCUUGUUACAAAGUUCACCCCUAAAAGUGUUACAGGAAAUUACAUUGUGUCCCAUGCCAUGCUGUUUGUUCACUGAUUUUGCUUUUGUUAGAUUUUGCAUCCAUGAAGCUGGAUGAUAAGCAUUAGCAAUACAGACAUAUGAGGAAGAUCUUUGUUUUUGCUUCUAAUGCUGUACUAUUACCUCAGCGACUUCUUUACUGUGUACUCAUUUAACUGUGAAAUAUAGAUAGUAUGGUAUGAAUUGAUUCACUUUUUUACGUGAAAUUGUAAAAUAUUCGGAACUUUAUUGUGUACUUUGGUAAAGGGUCAACAACUAUGGAGAGAAGCUUCUGAUGAGUCACAGGAUAAAACUUUGCUAAUGCCAGUAAUUCCUUCAUUACUACACAUACCUUCCUUCUCACGGAAAAGUCGCUUUGAAUACACCACUAGUUUUGUGACACCAGUGUAAAAUAGUUUUCCCUGCUUGCUUAAGCCAUAGUUAUUAUCAUAUCUGUGGGCAUAUGAUCCUUGCUGUUAUUCAGGCAUUUCUUGGUCUGGUAAAUUUCCUGACAUUAUGUAAAGUUACGUUUUCUUUCUUCAGCUGUUAAGAGCUCCAAUUUGAAAGAUUUAGGUGCUGAAGCGAAGGCCUACUGUUGAAAUCAGUUGUGCACUGCUGAAUUGCAUACUACUUACUGUUGGUACAGAAAACAUGUAUAUCAUUUCAUUCACUGAAAUCUCUGGAACAUUAUGAUUAUUCUUUCCCACAUUUCAUUAUGAAAGCUUGUUUGUGGACUUUAGCAGAAAGACAAGUUGUGUUACGUAUUUCACACAUUAUCUCAAGGAGUGGGAACUUCACAGCACAGCUUUAAUUGCUUUUUUUUUUAAUUUACAUUAGUCAUCUCUGAAAUUUGUACUGUUUGACAUCAGCUGAACUUCAUUUCUCAUAUUUUUGUGCUACUACUGGAAUUAUGCAGCAUAUCACUACUUAGCUAAUACUCUUUUCGCUUGUCCUUGACUUCCUCAGCUUGAAUACAUUUGUACUUCAUGAAUGGUGUGAUGACAAAUGGCAAGUGACAGUCAUCUUUUUCCUGAUUCACUGAUGGUUGGCAACUUGGUCUUCAAUCCUUGAGUUAUGGACUUCAAGAUAUAAAAUCUGAUCAACAGGGUCUCAUCUACGAAGCUAGCAUCUGUAAUUCUAUUUUCAUCUCUUUUAACUAUAUACUCAUUAACAGAAAAAAGGAAAAGCUAAUCUUUAACUGAUUUACAAUGUAAUGCACAAUCUUGUUCGCAUUUCUGAUGAUUAUUAAAAAAAGAGAACUCUGAUUGCUGGCAAUUAAAGGUUUUACAGCAGAUUUAGUCUAAUGAAGUUAACAUGACCCUUUGCCAUUGCAAGUCUCAUGACCUACAAUUAACUUUUCAGUUUCGCAUGCCUGUAUUUAUUUAUAUUAUGUAUCUGCAUUAUAUACAGAAGAAUUAGGUUUGAAGGGAGCGAGCUUAUAUACAUAUUUCUGUAGUGGUGACAUCAGCGUGCUUUUAUGGUUUUCAGACAAAUGUUUCCUUCUGCAGUAGCCGACUUCUUUGUGAGCUAGUAGUGACAUUACAGCUUUAUUCUGCCAUGAAUGAAUAGUACACGUUAACCUUAAAAAUGUUCAGAUUAUGGUAGUUGAUGUUGGUACUUUGCAGGCCCAAUAUGCUAAAUAUUUACAUUGCUCUUCAUGUGAUUUUAGGCAGAAUGGUGGCACAUUUUGUUUCUUGCCAUUGUAAGCAGGAUCACCUUUCAUUGGAUGCUACCUACAGCCCAGUGAUAAUUUGAAGAAUGUUUAUGUUUUCAUUCUUCAAAUACCCAUGAUUUGUACAAUUUGUUGCAUAUUUUCAUGGUUUUAUAAAUGUUACAACAUACUUGUACAUAAGAUGUGCUUUCAGUAGUUGUGACAAGUGAACAUGAGAAAUGUGCAAAAUUUUUUUGUUGUACAUGGUAGUGUAUACAAAGUUGCUGCAUUCAUGCAAGAGCAUAGUCCUAAGCAUGUGUGUAUUCCUUGGCCUUUUUGAUUCAGAACAAAAGAAAUGAGUGUCUCAAGCAAAUCUUGCAAGUUUACACUUGAAAUAUUUUUCAGAUUUUCACUGUUGUGCUGAGCAUAUGAUGGUGGCUAUAGAUUAUGCUUUGGUGUUGUACAAUAAAGUCAUUUUUCAAGAA